AUGGUCCUUGAUUAUGCAAAAGGUGGAGAUUUUUAUCAUUGGAUAAAUAAAAAUUAUAAUAAACUUAAUUGGUUAUAUAUUAUAAAAAUUUUAUCAAUUAUUAUUAAAGGUCUUAAGUUAAUUCAUGAAAAAAAUAUGUUUCAUCGUGAUUUUCAUACAGGAAAUAUAUUAGUACUUGAUAAUUCUUUAAGAAUAUCUAAUGAGCAUAUAUUUAUUUCAGAUAUGGGAUUAAGUGGAAAAGUUGAUAAUACAGAUAAGACAAGUAUUUAUGGAGUUACUCCUUAUAUAGCUCCUGAAGUAUUAAGAGGAGAACCUUAUACCCAAGCAGCAGAUAUAUACAGCUUUAGUAUGAUUAUGUACGUUGUAGCAACAGGAAGACAGCCUUUUUCUAAUUGCGCACAUGAUCAUUAUUUAGUAUUAGAUAUUUGUAAAGAAGAAAUUAGACCUAGUAUAAUUGAAUCAGAAGCACCAAAAUGUUAUAUAGACUUGAUGAAAAAGUGCUGGGAUUCAAACCCAAAUAAUAGACCGAAUGCUAUUGAAAUAGAAGAACUAAUCAAUUUAUUUUAUUAUUCAUAUUCAUAUGAUGGAUCAGAUUUUAAAGAAGUGAUGAAUAUUGAAAAAGAAGAACAACAUUAUGAUAUUAAAAAGCAAUUCAAGGAAUCAGAAGAAUAUAGAAAAGCAUUUAUCUCUUCUUCUGAAAAAAAUGAAAAAGAAAUCAGUCAAACAGCUACUCAUCCAGAAGCUAUUUAUACAUCCCGAAUACUUGAUACUUUGACAAAAGAACUUCAUGAUGAAUGUUUAGAUUGUGAAGUUUAA